AUGCUGAGUGUGUUCUUGCCGCUUGUGCGCUUCAUGAAGCUCCUGAGGUACUUCGAAGUCUUUCGGCUCUUGAUGGUCGCCUUCCAGAACUCAGUUCCGGCGCUGCCCGUGUUGAGUUACUUCAUGGCCGUUUUAGUGUUGUUCUCGGCCACUGGACUCUACUUGGCGGAAGAGAGGAGCAAUAUCCCCAGCAUGAGUCAAUCCAUUUGGCUGGCAGUGGUGACCAUGACCACGGUGGGCUAUGGAGAUUUUGUCCCGAAGACUCUGGGAGGCUAUGUGGUGGUCUUUGCCCUCACCUUGUUGAGCGUUUGGUUCUUGGCGCUGCCAGUGGGUAUCAUCGGAUAUGAGUUCACGGCUAGCUGGAAAAGACGCGGGGAGGUGCUGGUGAUGACGCGGACCCGGAAGUGCUUAGAGAAAUGGGGCUACACCUCUGCCGGGCUAAGUCUCCUCUUCAGCUAUGUGGACGUCGACAGCGAUGGCACGCUGAGCAUUUCGGAGUUCUUGGAGCUGAUGCGGCAACUACGGAUCGGCAUCGAUAAAGACACCGCCAUCAGUGUCUUUCAGCUGUUCGAUGAUGAUCACUCAGGCAGCAUCGCCUAUAACGAAUUCCUGCGACACAUCUUUCCAGAAGAGUACGUCCAGCAGCACAGCGCAGCAUCCAUCCGGAAGAGUUGCGCCAUCGUCGGCCAAGCGAUGAAGAAUUUCCGCUCCAGCUCACCCGCGCACCAAUCAGAUGCCAGCUGA